CGCGUCGCGGCGCUUACUGGAGGCCCGGCUUUCGCCCGCUGCUGCCGCCGCCGCCGGCCGCGGCUGCUCUCCCAAGAUGGCGGCUCCUCCGGGCGAGUACUUCAGCGUUGGGAGCCAGGUGUCGUGCCGGACGUGCCAGGAGCAGCGGCUGCAGGGCGAGGUGGUAGCUUUUGACUACCAGUCCAAAAUGCUGGCUCUAAAAUGUCCCUCUUCCAGUGGAAAGCCCAACCACGCAGACAUCUUGCUUAUAAACUUACAGUAUGUUUCAGAAGUGGAAAUAAUUAAUGAUCGAACAGAAACCCCUCCUCCCCUAGCUUCACUCAAUGUUAGUAAGCUUGCCAGCAAAGCACGGACGGAGAAGGAGGAGAAGCUGAGCCAGGCCUAUGCAAUCAGCGCUGGCGUCUCCCUGGAGGGCCAGCAGCUCUUCCAGACCAUUCACAAGACCAUUAAAGACUGUAAAUGGCAAGAAAAGAACAUCGUAGUCAUGGAAGAAGUUGUUAUUACACCCCCAUAUCAAGUGGAAAAUUGUAAAGGCAAAGAGGGGAGUGCACUGAGCCAUGUACGCAAAAUAGUUGAAAAACAUUUUAGAGAUGUGGAAAGCCAAAAGAUACUGCAGCGUUCACAAGCCCAACAGCCACAGAAGGAGGCCGCCCUGUCAUCCUGAGUCCACAAACACGGAGGACUCUUCCAGCAUCCAGCCACAGCCGUGGUGGCGGUGGCUUCAGCGGAGGCAGGCCGGGGGAGGGAAGGGAUCCUAUGUUUCUUGCUGACUCUUAUUAAAGGGUCAGCAUUUCAAAAAACCUAGACUUGAACAAACACCCAACAAAAAAGAACAAGAGAAUAAUUUAAAAGUUGAAUCAUUACUUGACUAACAGACUUCGGCCAACCAUGUCCUUUUCAUACCCCCUUCUGGAGCAGUCAUCUUGUUAGUUUUAUUUUUGCAAAUUCCUUUCCACUUUGCCCUUCACCUGUGACUCUCCUUCCCUCGUCUGUUUCUGCCGUUCUGUUUUAUAAGUGGAUAUACUUGCCUUCUGAAUGAUUGAAAGAAACUUUUACAUCUUUUCUUCCAAAAUAAAAGUAACAAGCUGACUGUGAUUCUAAAGUUGAGGCCAGAGCAGAAGACAGGUCUCACUUUAAAAAAAUUUUUUUUUUCUUUGACUUUUUUUUUUCUUUUUUUGCACAGGGCAUGGCUUGAAUUAGUUUUAUUUUUCUUAACUUUAAAUAUAUAUAUGGAAAUAUAUAUUAAAAUGUUCUCUAAGUAUUUUCUGCUUCUUGCAGGUCUCUUUUUACUAGAUCAUGGCCACUCUUCCCACCUCAUACCUGUGAAAACAAAACUGUGUUGUCCUUUCCUCCCAGAGCCCGACGAUUAACUUGACUUAGCUCACAGCGAGGAUCUCCUGCAGCCCUGCAGAGCCAGUGUGCAGACGGGAUUUGGCCUUGAGGGUCCUGGUGGCUUUCUGGUCUUUAACUGUAUGUACCUGUCUCACAUUUGGUCCCAACCUCAGGACUCCUUCUGCCUUUGUCUUCAUGGUACUAGAUGAACUCUCACCACCCUCUACUCGGGAGUCAGCCGCCCCUCCCCCUGUGCCUCUGCAGGAAGAACUCGCUUGCAUGGCACAUCUCUUCCUCCUCCGGGCUGAUUUUCUCUUCUAAGAUACCUGGACUCCAUCCACCCCAACCUUUCUUAAGUCUAUGUCCAGAGCCUCUAGCCCAGGAAAAAGCUUGAAUAACCUCUAGUUUCUCCUCUACCAUUCUCCUGCUCUUCUGCCCCGUCCUACCCCCUGAAAUCUUACAAGCUGAUGACAGUUUGUAUGUGCUCAGCCAAUGGGCAGAAAACCUGGAAAGAAUUUCUGGACUUUAGCCCACCAGUUUGCCUGGUCUGACUAACCUGCUGAGAGCCGAAACUGGUACUUGUUGCCCCUGCACCUCCAGGGCAGUCUCAUGGGGCAGAGUGCCGCCACCUGAACACCAGGCACUGAGUGGGACGAGGUGAUGCUCAUGUGACUGGCUAGAGCUUUGGGGGUAGGGUGGGGCUAAUUUUUCUUUUUUUCUUUUUGUUUUCUUUUCUUUUUUAUGUUUAUUUUUGGCCAUGAUCUCUUUUCCCUUCCUUUUCUUUUAAUUAAAUAAAUGGAUCAAAAUUAAAUAAUUCAAGCCCUGCCUUCAAAAUGGAAAAAAAAUUUUUUUUAGUAUUGUUUAGCAAAAACAAUAAAACCCAAAUUUUUUUAACCAUCACUC